AUCAUGCAGUCAGUUGUCAUAUUUGUGGAAUGGAAUGUGACAGUUUGCGACUGGUAGUGUAGUGUACAUAGAAGCUGCAUUAAAAAUAGAAAAUUAGUGUUAUUAGUCGUAUUAAUGCAUGAAUAAAGUAUGUCACUCAGAUCCCAUCUCUGCUAGCGUCCGAUCCUCACUCAGUUUCCCACCAACCAUGUUGAACGUGCAUAAAUUAUGGCUUGUGUCAUGCCUAUGUGUUAUUGCAAUCGUAAUUUUAUAUUUCCAGACAGAAAUAGCCCGUUUAGAAGACAGUUAUCGUCGUCUGGAAUACAAGAUCUCGCAGUCGCACGUAGAUUCGCGUCAGUUUUUUCCGAAAACUGUGCCGAAUGACGGUGAAGACUUGGUGGUUAUAUACAAUAGGGUGCCGAAGACUGGUUCGACGAGUUUCGUGGGUGUAGCUUAUGAUUUGUGCAAGAAGAAUCACUUCAAAGUGCUGCAUAUAAACAUAACAGCUAAUAUGCAUGUGAUGUCUUUGAACAACCAGUAUAAGUUUGCGCAGAACGUCACAAAGUGGCAGGAGAUCAAGCCAGCUCUGUACCAUGGUCACAUGGCGUUUCUCAACUUUGAGAGGUUAGGAACCACAUCAAAGCCAGUGUAUAUAAAUUUAAUAAGACGGCCGUUGGACAGACUGGUCUCCUACUACUACUUCUUACGGAACGGGGACAACUUUAGACCACAUCUGGUUCGGAAGAAACAUGGAGAUAAGAUGACGUUCGAUGAGUGCGUGGAGCGCGGCCAGCCGGAUUGCGACCCUAAUAAUAUGUGGCUGCAGGUGCCAUUCUUCUGUGGCCACGCCGCGCAAUGCUGGAAACCAGGCAACCGCUGGGCUCUAGAGCAAGCGAAACACAACCUAAUGAACCACUACCUCCUAGUAGGGGUUACCGAAGAAAUGCUCGACUUCAUAACAGUACUCGAAGCCACCCUACCUCGUCUCUUCAAAGGCGCCACCGAACACUACCUUAACAGCAACAAAUCACACCUACGACAAACAAGUUCAAAAAUAGAACCAACUAAAAAAACCAUAGACACAAUACAAAAGUCUAUGGUAUGGAAAAUGGAGAACGAACUCUAUGAAUUCGCGAUCGAACAUUUCAAAUUUGUAAAAAGAAAAAUACUGCUGCGUGAAACGAAUAGCGUCGACCAGAUUUUUUUCUACGAGAAAAUACGGCCGAAAUGAAACUUUAAUAGUAAGGUGUUAUAGUUCAAUUUCUCUUGUAGUCUUCUGACAAAUUUAUAUUUGCCGGUGGCGGCGGAGUUUAAAAGACUGUUGCAGUGAAGAUAGUAUGAGAUGGUGAUGCUUCGAGAUUUUUACGGCCGCAAAGGUAAUUUAGUAAUGCUUUAAUUAGUACCACGUUUAUAAGAUAUACUUAUGUAGAAAUCUCUAUCCACUCGAAUUAAGUAUAUAUGUACUUAAUUAUAGUCUGAGUGAUUGUCUCGAGGAAAAUAUUUAGUUUUCGUUAGUACUCAGUCGCUUUAUAUUUUUCUUAAAUUCUUUUUUAAGUGAAAAGAUAUAUUGCCUGCUAAUAUAUGUCAGUAGGUACAAAUAUAACUACCUUACUGAUAAGUAGUCCAAAUGACUAGCCGCAGUUAUGAAACAUACAGCGCCAUCUAUUUCAGCUUUCUUGGGACAUUAUUUCACACUACUUUACAUCUCGGCUCCUUUUGUCUAGUAAAGUUUCUAUUUACUCUUUUUAGCAAAUAUGUUUAGUAUGAGCGACAUUUUUGUAUGAGAUUCUUCAAAAAAGGAUUGUACAGGCUGUAGUUGCAGGCGUCCAUAUGCUACGGUGACUGCUUACCGUCAGGCGGGCCGUAUGCUUGUUUGCCACCGACGUGGUAUUAAAAAAAAGGAGAUUAAGACGAAAGGCGACCAUAGGGUCCAGGGAGGAAAAUUGGGACUAAGUUUGUAUGGGAAAACGGUAUUCCACUAUCCUCUUCAAAGGGCAGUGUAAUUAUUGACAAAUAUUAUUGCAGGCGAUUGCUAAUUUAUGUUAUGACAAACAUAUACCGUCAACCGGGGUGAAUAGGGACGGCUGGGGUGAGUAAGGACAAAACGUAAAAUGUGGUUUACCUGACAAUUUCUUAAAAAAAUAGUCACACAAAUUAUAUCAUACGAUUGAAAAUAAUAUUCGAUUUUGUAUGAUACAAUUUGUGUGGGUAUUUUUUAAGAAAUUGUCAGGUAAAUCACAUUUUUAGUUUUGUCUCUAUUCACCCCAGUCACCCCUAUUUACCCCGAUUGACGGUAUUAUGUUUAACAAGUCUAGUAAAUGUGGUACUUAGUUCUAUGUUUCGUCUAUUUUUGUACUGUCAAAAUAAAAUGUGCACGCACAUUUGAUUAAAGGUAGAAAAUUUGUAUAUAAUUUAACAUUCCAUACGAUUGGAGAAAA